GUUGAUUGAUUGAUUGAUUGAUUGAUUGAUUGAUUGUAACUAACAGUCCCACGGAGUAGUCCGUACGGAGGAAUGGAGAUGGAUUUCUAGAAUGGCUUACUUCUCCGUAGAACGGUCAGAAAUAGAUUAUUUCCGAAAGUUGAGAGACAAAAUAAGCGAACGUUUCGAUAAGGAGGUCGGCGUUUGGGAUGGAUACUUUCGGCCCCCCCUCUUUUGCCUCUCCUCUCAACUUCAGUAUCCAAUCAUCCAACCAUCCCAUUAUUGUGAAUGUUACCUAUCAGAUCCAUCCGGUGGGCAUGCUUAGAAGAGUGGGAACAGGGAGAGAAGUAAAAAAAGAGGAGGCGUGUCAGAGUGUCAAAAAGUCAGACGCAGCUGCGCCUUGCGCCUUGCGCCUUGUGCAGCCAGUGUCGGAAGGUUAUGAAAAGUCUAGAAGAUGAUGGUUUACAUACGCCAGGGCGAAUCGGCAAUCCGGAAGGGGAAAAGAAAGAGAGGUUAGGUACUUUGUUGUUCUUGUUGUUGCUGUCAGUUCUUUGGGUGGAUAAGAAUCCAAUCACAUGAGCGAGAUAGAUCAAAACCGGGCUCUUUCGUCAGCCCGCCCGUCGGAGAGAUAACAACCUGUUCCGGUGUGCUUAGGCAGUAGCCUUACGGGCUUCCACAUUG